GCGACAUCGCAUUAAUAAGAAUCUCAUGGCGUUUGGUGUAAAUACUUCCUUCCCAUCUCUGCAAUGUUGACAUGAGCUCUUCGCUAUCCAGCUAGCACUUUCGGAUUCACCCUUAACCCUUACACCCCGGCCCCCCGCUAUAACUCGGAAACUCUUAUUACGUUGCCUUAACAAUGUCUUCUUACAACCUUGUCCCGCCUCGACGCGUAACAGCGUCCAAUCUGCCCCUGCCCUCCAACGUCCGAGAGGACGAGCAUGCCGAACCCGGCGUCGAGGUCAAGGUCGACACUCUAAAGACCGCGCCCCUCCUCGACGGCACAUUGAUGCGCACGGUCGUGGCCACCAAUAAGCAGAUCCCAACUAGCAACGACGGCCAUGGAGAACUCCCACUCGACACAGUCCCAGGCAUGGGCAUCGUGCUCCCCGGCGGCUUGAACAUGUACUACCUUGACGUUGCGCCCAACACGGAAGGUACCAUGCACCGCACCACGUCGACAGACUACUUGGUGGUCAUCUCGGGCAAGCUGAGCCUUAUGACACCCGGGUCUGAGGCGUACUCCGUCCAGGAUGGCAAACCAACGUAUAGAGAGGCCGUCGAGACGGUAUGUCACGCCGGCGAGGUUGUUAUCCAACGAGGAAUGAUGCAUGCACUGUCUAACCGGACGAAUGAGUGGGUGAGACUGCUUGUGGUUGUGCUGUCGUCUGAGCCAAACAAGGUGCCCGUUGAGGGAGCUGACGGCCAUAAAGUGCUCGCCGACACAUGGCUACCUUGAGCUCAGAUGGAGGUCAAAGGUCAGGUUAAAAGCCAGACGCGGCAGCAACUGAAGGUACCUAAAUUUCAGCGCGAAAAGGACUGUUGGUGAAAAACAGUAACUCGGGAGAAGCAUACCUAGUCAAGAUAGAGAAGGGUCAUUUAUUCUAAAUACUAGGUUACAUGCUAGAU